UCGAAGGAAGCCGCAGAAGCAUGGCAUAAUCUUAUUCCCCGCCAUGGUGGAUUUUUCAAGCAUCCUAACAUUGCGCCAGAGGAAUCUGUUUUCGCAGUUUUCCAUCAAUUGCAUUGUCUUAAUGGAAUUAGGGAGGCAUAUUGGAUCUUAUAUGACGCGAUGAAUGAGCAAAGGAUUAUCAAAGACGAUACUAUGCCCCAAAUGGCUCACCCUCGUCAUUUCGGGCAUUGUAUAGACCUCAUUCGGCAGGCCUUAAUGUGCCAACCAGAUCUAACCGUCGAAGUCAAGAAUGAAACCAUCAGGGGGGUAAAGGGUUUCGGAACCGCACAUCAGUGUAAGAACUGGGAAGAACUCAUGAAUUUCACGAAGACAUGGGUGGCACGAACCUAUAGGGAACUUUAA